AUGAAUUCAGUUGUUAAUGCUGUAAAUUUGUUAUUUCAAACUUAUUACGCUUUCGACUGCGCAUACCCAAAAAAAACUGAGUCGUUAUUUAUUUUUCUUGAAAUCGCUUUUUAUAACAUUAUUUUGAGUACUGAUAACUGUAAUAGAUCAGUAAAUAAUACAUUAGUUGGUGAAAUUGAAAGGAAAUUCAGCUUACUUGCUGAGCAAGAAAACCUAGAAAAUAAUGAAGGAGAAGUGGAUAAAGAAGAAGCAUAUGCAAUCAUUAACAAACAAUUGCGAAAUCUCAGACGACAUGAAAAUAACAUCAACUCUGCUUCUACCAGUAGUCAUACUCCGAUUACUUCACAAGAUCAGGAAGAACAAACUGUCAUGGAUGAAAUAAAUUUUCCUUAUUUUGAUGAUAUAGAUACAGAAAAUUUAAACUCUGACGAUGGUGAAUCUGUGAAUAAUUUUCAGACACAUGAUAUUAUUGAACCAUCUCAAGAUGAUAUCAUAGAACCUUCUAAACUCAAUACCAUGAAACCUUCAGUCAUGUUUGCAGCUAAACUUCAUAGUUUUCUUGAUAUUCCUCGGACCAAAGUAGAAAGUAUUAUUCGUGACGCUGAUAUAUUUUUACAAAAUUCAUUACAAAAUUUGAAAAAUAAUGUUCUUCAAGCAACUUCAUUGGAUGAUAAAAAAAUAAUGGAAAAAAUUGAAGAAGUUUUUAAGCAAAGUAAAUCUUCAUUUGAGGAAAUAAAGACUGAGCAACUUUGUUUAAGAAAAUUUAAGGAGUGUAAUACUUUUAUAGAACCAAUAGCCUAUUGUUUCGGAGAACGUGAAAAGUUUGUUCACGAAGAAAACCAUCAAGUCUUGAAACUCAUUCUAGUUACUGCUCAAUUUAUUUUGAUUCGACAUGUAUUUCAAAAACUUUUUGAAAUUCCUGGACUUCUCGACGCAACCAUGGAAUAUAAAAAAGGCAUAACAAUUGACCUUUCUGGAGAACAAGUUAAGAUAUACUUCAAAUUAGCGUUGAUAACUGGUGAUAACUUGGGUGUAUACUCGAUGUUAGGAUUUACUGAAAGUUUUAAUUCAUCAUCAUUUUGUAAGUUUUGCAAAGUAAAGAAAAUUGAAUUCAAAAAAAUUUUUCGUGAAAAACUAAAAUUAAUUAUAACGACGAUCUCUUAUCAAACAAUACAGAUUGAGGAAUCAAUGAACCUUGCUUGUAUUUUUCACGAUGUCCCUGUUUUUCACGUAACCAAAAAUUUAUCAGUUGACAUCAUGCAUGAUGUUUUGGAGGGUAUUUAUGAGUAUCAUUUAGGUCUCAUCUUGUUAGAUUUGAUCAAAACAAAAGAAUUAUCUACUCUACAAUAUGCAAAUAUCCUUAUUAAAGAGAUGCUGUGUUUGGUGAGACAUUUUUCUUUAAUAUUCGGAUGUUUUGUACCGCAAGAUGAUGCAGUAUGGGAAUCACUGAUACAUCUUAAACAACUAGUAGAGAUGUUGAUUUAUUCUAAUCAUGAUGCUUAUUUUUCCUAUGUUUUAAAGGAUAAAGUAACUGAGUACUUAGAAUUAUUAGAUUCCUCAUUUCCUGAUAGCUUGAAACCUAAACAUCAUUUAUUAUUAUAUUACGGUAGAACUUUUUCAGUUUCUGGGCCACUCGUAGACCAAUGGGGUAUGCGUGAUGAAGGCAAAAAUAGGGAAGAAAAAAUUAUAUCCCAUGCAGCUACUUGUCGUAUCAACGUAUGCCGUACAAUAAUGAUUAAGAAUCAGCUUAAGUUGAAUUAUCGUCUGUUGCCAAAUAAAUAUACAUCAACAUAUCAUUCUGAAAAUGAUAUCGAAGAAGUUUUAACUACUUCAUUGGCCGAAUUUGAUUUUUACCAAAAUUUGGUCUCUUCAUAUUUAAAAUAUAUUCGAACUGUCAAAAAAUAUGUUUUGAAUUAG